AUGGACCCCCCAACCCGCGACAUCCUCACCAAUCCGCCCGCCUUCCCUCCCUCCCCAGCAACAACUACCCUCUUUACAAACCCGCCCACCACGCCGAUCCAGACCAUCCAGACGUGGGAGACGCCUGAUCGCAUCCUCACAGGAAUCCACAUCACCUGGACUAAUGGGGAUAGUGCGAGGUUGGGAGUUUGUUCUGAUGCUUCUGGCCCUGGUAUUGGUAUCGGCGCUGAGUCAAGGACUGACGUUGAGAUGAUAACGACUAUCGAUCAUAAUAAUAACAGCAACUGCGAUAAGAGCAACAAAGACAACAAGGCUACAGACACAGACACAAAUCCCACGACUCCCACCCUCACCCCCACCACCACACCACCCAACAACCUCAACCCCAACACCAACAAACCCCCAAUCAUAAAAACAUUCACAUUCGACCGCCAAGAACGCAUCCAGAUCAUGUACGUCUACGUCAGCAGCACACAAGUCGACGGCUUCUGGUUCGUGACCAACAAGCAAAAGAGUUUCUUUCCGGGCCGGUCCAGCGAGAGGCGCGAGAUGAGCGAUCUAGGGAGCGGCGUGUUAGUCGGGAUCGAGGGACGGGAGAAACGUGAUGAGGAUCAGGUGGUGGGGAUUUUGGGGUUGGGGGUUAGUUUUCGGAGAUGA